AUGCAUUUCACUGACAACACUGAGAAUCAACAUACAGUGAACUUUGCCACCCCGAGAGGGUUUCUUACCAAACUCAAAUCAGGAGUCAAAGAAACUUUCUUCCCUGACGAUCCCUUUAGGCAUUUGAAGAAUGAAGAAAAGCCACUGCGCAAAGCCCUUAAAGGGGUUCAGUAUUUCCUCCCAAUCUUCGAAUGGCUCCCCAGUUACACUUUGCGCUUGUUUUACUCUGACUUCCUCGCUGGCCUCACCAUGACCAGCUUUGCUGUCCCUCAAAGCAUUAGCUUUGCUAAACUCGCUGACCUUCCUCCCAUCAUUGGCCUCUAUAGCAGUUUUGUGCCACCUUUAGUGUAUGCUAUUUUUGGGAGCUCAAGGCACAUGUCUGUGGGUACGUUAGCUUCAUUAUCAUUGCUUAUAUAUCAAAAUAUUUCAACCGUGGCAAGACCAGAAGACGACCCUAAGCUCUACCUUCAUUUGGUUUUCACAACUACCUUUGUUGCCGGCGCCUUCCAGACUUGUUUGGGAAUUCUCAGGUUGGGGAUGUUGGUGGAUUUCUUGUCACAUGCUACCAUCACUGGCUUCAUUGGAGGGACAGCAAUAAUUCUCUGCGUCCAACAACUGAAGGGAAUUUUCGGCAUGCAACAUUUUGUGAAUAAAAUGGACCUCGUAACACUGGUGAAGGGUAUAUGGACCUAUAGAAAUGAGAUAAGGUGGGAGACCACAGUUCUGGGUGUGAUCUUCCUUGUUUUCCUGCAGUUUACUAGAUACGUGAGGAAUAGGAACCCAAAACUCUUUUGGGUAUCAGCUAUAGCUCCAAUGGCAACUGUAAUGGUUGCUGGUGUUUUUACUUACCUCGUCAACGGCCAACGACAUGGAAUUCAAAUUGUGGGCUACCUAGAUAAAGGAAUAAAUCCUUCGUCCAUCCAGUAUCUUAACUUUGACAGUAAAUAUUUACCUGCGAUACUGAAAACUGGUCUUUUGACAGGUUUUGUGUCAUUGGCGGAAGGAAUAGCAAUUGGAAGAAGCUUUUCUGUGGUUGAAAAUACGCCUCAUGAUGGGAACAAUGAGAUGAUAGCUUUUGGUCUUAUGAACUUAUGCGGUUCUUUUACUUCAUGUUACUUGACUAGUGGACCAUUUUCCAAAACAGCUGUGAAUUACAGUGCAGGGUGUAAGACAGCUAUGUCAAACAUAGUACAGGGUUUCCUAAUGGCACUCACACUACAGUUUUUGGCACCAUUUUUUGGUUACACCCCUCUUGUUGCUCUAUCAGCUAUUAUAGUCUCUUCCAUGAUGGGGUUGAUUAGUUAUAGCGAAUAUAUUAAUCUCUAUAAAGUUGACAAGUUUGAUUUUGUUAUUUGCAUGGUGGCCUUUCUUGGAGUAACCUUUAUAGCCCCGGAUGUUGGCCUCAUGUUGUCAGUUGGUCUUAGUGUGCUCAGGGCACUCUUGUAUGUGGCUAGGCCUGCGGCAUGUAGGCUUGGAAAGUUACCUGACUUGGAUUUAUAUCGAGAUGUUGAGCAGUAUAAUGCUUCAACAUUCCCAGGAAUUCUGAUUGUACAACUUGGUUCUCCCAUUUACUUUGCAAAUUCUACCUACAUCAAAGAAAGAAUUAUGAGGUAUAUUAGAAGUGAACAAGACUCAAAUGGAUAUAUCGUUGAGCAGAUCAUACUCGAUUUGUCAGGAGUGACAUCCAUUGACAUCACUGCUAUUGAAGGACUGUGGGAAACAAAUAAAGUUUUUGAAAAGAAUAGAAUGAAGAUGUCAUUAGUAAACCCAAGGAAGGAGGUUUUGGAGAAACUGAUAGCAUCCAAGUUUGUUGAAAGGAUUGGGAAGGACUCAUUUUUUCUAACAUUGAACGAUGCAGUAAAGGCAAGUCAGUACUCACUUGCAAUUCGAGAAAUAAAUGUUGUGUAA